GGACGGAAGGCGAGAGGAAGGGGAAGGGUGAUUUGAGCCUUUCCGUGGUCCGUCGCCGAGUUACCCUUUGCUACGUGUCCUGUCACGGACCGUUCCCAGUAACGGGGAGAAUGAAGGGCUCUUGCGAAGAAGUUUCAAGUCCCCCGGGAUCCUUGGGUCGGGCCUGGAAGCGGAUGUCAUGGCUGUACUACCAGUACCUGCUGGUGACAGCGCUCUACAUGCUGGAGCCUUGGGAGAGGACAGUCUUCAAUUCAAUGUUGGUGUCCAUUGUGGGAAUGGCCCUGUACACUGGAUACAUAUUCAUGCCUCAGCACAUACUGGCAAUCUUGCACUACUUUGAGAUUGUUCAAUGACCUAGGAAAGCGCUGCACAGCAAGGACUUGGAAGGGAGCAUGUUUCUCUCUGCCGGCAUGUCGGGCACCAGGACAGAAACCAGAAGCUAGCAUCGUGUGGGACACCUAACAAGUCCUCGUGGGAUUGGAGAUCAUCUGACAACUACCCCAUGAAAUCUGGAGGACGCUUUUUUAAACAGUGGAAACUGUAUUUUUAGCUUUUUUGGUGUUUUUUAUCUGUUUGUUUGUGCAGAGGGGUUUACACUGAUUCACAAGCCAUUCUGGUAACUGCAAGACAGUACCUUUCUUGUCAUCAUUUUAAAUAUUGCACUGUAAACAUUUUAUUUAGUGAGUUUUUUUUUUAACAUUUAGUGGGUCUGAACUUGCAGUGUCUCUAACAAUGAGCUUUCUUUACACAAAUCUGCACUUGUGUGUGUAAAAUAAUUAACACAUGUACAGUUUAUAUUCAAUCACCAAUAUGAUUGCUUAAAUACAUUCCUCCCCCAAAGGACUUGAAGUAAAUCAAUAAAUCUAGUUACUUAAGAUUUUUGUCAUUAUUUUAUAAAUAUAUAUGUGGGAUGUAAAACUAUAAUUUAAAUAAAAACGUGGUAUGCUUGUGAAAGUGA